ACAUCUCUGCUCAGAAAUUCAGCACACUCACACACUAACACAAGAAUGAUUUAAAAAAUCAAAUCCAGACACAGAUUCUGGACACCUCUUGGUUUUAUCAUUGUUAUUAGGCGUCGCUAAAUUAACAGUAUGGAAAAAGUUGAAAUCAUGGAAAGAAUAUAAAGCCUCUUAAAGCGGAAAAAAAAAGAAAAAAAAUACAGUUCACAGAGAAUCUCAAUUUACUAUCCUUUUUUCUUGAUGAUUGAUACACCUAUUUAUACAGUUGUACAUACGUGUCAUCUAUGAUUACAGCUAUAUGUACGUACUAAUUGGGGAGCUGGGGCUGCUGGUUUUACUCUUCUGCUUGCUUCUCAGGGAUCAUAAAUAUGGCAUCUGAACUUGUAAAUGCUGCAACAAGUGACAAACUCAGUGAAACAGACUGGACAAAGAACAUAGAGAUUUGUGAACAGGUCGCGCAGGAUCAAAGACUAGCUAAAGAUGUUGUCAAAGCUAUUAAGAAACGUCUGGGGAGCAAACACCCUAAUACACAACUCUUCGCCGUAAUGCUGUUGGAGAUGCUGAUAAACAAUAUUGGAGAACCUAUACAUAAGCAAGUUAUAGAUACAGGAGUUCUCCCCAUACUUGUGAAGAUAGUUAAGAAAAAGUCGGACCUUCCAGUACGGGAAAAGGCCUUUCUCCUAUUAGAUGCAGCUCAGACAUCUGUUGGUGGUGCUUCUGGGAGAUUUCCUCAAUAUUAUUCAUCAUAUUAUGAAUUGGUGAGUGCAGGAGUGAAAUUUCCUCAGAGGCCACAUGAUAACCCAAACCCUCAAGCUACCCAACAUGUGGAUAAGCCGCCUACUCCACCUAACAAGGAGCCUGCUGCUCCUCAAUCUGCAACAAAUGCUCCAGAAGCACAAGCGCACGCUGUUCCAGAAUCAAGUAUUCUUCAGAAAGCUGGAACCGCAUUGGAGGUACUGAGGGAUGUCCUUGAUACUAUUCAUACACAGAACCCUGAGUUAUUGUUUUCCCAGGGAGCAAAGGAUGAGUUCACACUAGAUCUUGUGGAACAGUGUUCAUUUCAAAAACAGCGAGUGAUGCACCUGGCAAUUACUUCGCGGGAUGAAAAAGUUGUCACACGAGCAGUCGAGCUUAAUGAGGAGCUUGAAAGAGUGCUGCGAAGACAUGAUUCUCUUCUAGCUGGCAGAAUGAUGCCUAGUACAACUCACACUGGCCAUGAGGAAGAGGAGGAAGAGGAAGAGCCUGAACAACUUUUUCGGCGGAUAAGGAAAGGAAAAGCUUGUGUGCGACCUGAAGAUGAAGACCACCAGAGUGAUCGACCAAUGGGGUUGAUGGGGCACCCUGUUCCUGGGGAAAUGUUACAUCGCCCACUCAUAAGGCCCCUAACUGUGGAGCGCCAGCAGGAAGCUACACAGCGGCCUAAUAUAGAGCCUAAGCCAGAAACCAUCAGGCCAUUGCCUCUGGCAGUAAAUCCGGAAACAAAUGUUGGUAGACCUGCAGUGGCAAUCCCUCCCCCGCCUGCUAAACACGUCGAGCGUGAAAAGUUCUUCCAGGAGAACAAGACAGAUGGAUCAGCUCUUAAUGGCCACAUAAGAAACCUUUCAUUGCACAGUAGAAAUGCCAGUAGCUCUCACAGUGGAAGUACAGAAUUUAGCGACUGAGCUAAAGGUAUUAUUGCUCUGGAAAAUGUUUACCCUUUUUCUUCAAUUGAUUGGAUGUAGUGCUGCUGUGGAGAUUUGAGUUGAUUGCCACCAUUGUGCCUUAAAAUUGACGAUCGCUCCAGAGGUAUUCAGCUGGAACAUGGGAUGUUGUGGGAACUUACUGUCGUUCUCAGAAGUCUGUUUGUUGGGAUAGGUACUUUGAGGUUGACUACUGGUAGUUGUUUCACAAACUUGAGGUUUAUAGCAAGAUGGUGAGCUUGAGGUUGACGACUAGUAGUUGUUUCACAAACUUGAGGUUUAUAGCAAGAUGGUGAGCUUGAGGUUGACGACUAGUAGUUGUUUCACAAACUUGAGGUUUAUAGCAUGAUGGUGAGCUUGAGCUUGAAUUUUUUUUUUUAUAUAGAAAGUGUGAUGUUAUACAGACCAAAUAGCUAUAUUUUGUUCUAUAUUUCCUUCAAAUUUGGUUUCUUCUGUAGAUAAUUUGUUGUAUUUUGUAGGUGUAGUGGUUGUGGAUUUAUAUAGUAUGGUUAAACUGCUUAUUGGUAGUCGAACUGAAAUAUUUUGUGCUAGUUAAAAUUACAGUUUUUUUCGUUGUA